UGCGUCCUUCUUGUUGCGAGUAAACUGAAAGUUGCGGGAACAUGUCUACAGCGUUACGCGGUCUGAGUCAGUGCUUUUUGCCGGACAGAUCAGAUGCGCGGCGGAGAAGCCGUGAGAUUGAUGCCAUGCUAAAACGAGAUCGCCAAAUACCUGUGGUUAUCCUCAUGGCAGGGUUUAAUAAAAGCGGAAAAACAACCUUCUUCAAACAAAUGCGCCUCAUUAACGGAGCAGAGUACAACCAAAGAGAAGUGCUUGAAUUCAGAGAAGCAAUUUAUGACAAUAUUAUGAAGGGUAUGAGAGUGUUGGUUGAAGAAAGAAAUAAGUUGGGCAUUCCUUUGCAAAACUCAGCCAAUGAGAGGCAUGAAAUGUUAUGUAGUUCUCAUGACUGGUGUAUGAAGUUGGAGCCCUGUACAUUUCAGCCUUAUGUUGAAGCUAUUGAUUCUCUCUGGAAGGAUUCUGGGAUUCAGGAAGCUCAUCGAAGGAGGAGCAACUUUAAGUUUUAUGAAUCAGUAAAGUACUUCUGUGACAACAUCCAUCGUAUUGGCCAGCUGAACUACUUGCCAUGUAAUCAGGACAUUCUUUAUGCACAUACAGUUGGACAGCAGUAUUGUGUGCUCCGCGAUACCCCAUUCAUGGUAGCAGAAUUCCAAUCCUGGCGUCGUCAUUUGUUUAAAACUGUCUCAUGUCUUUCUUCUGCAGUAUUCUUCUUUAUCAUUGGAUGCAGUGAUUAUGACCAAACUGACUUUGAGGACAACUACCUGGUGGGCACGUUGAAUACUUUUGAAUGCUUUUGCAAGAAUGGGUUUUUUCGCAAUUGCCCCUUCAUACUCUUCUUUAACAAAAUGGAUCUGCUGGCAGAAAAAGUACAGACUGCAGAUAUCCAGAAGCAUUUUCCUGAGUUCCAAGGUGAUCCCCACAGGCUGGAGGAUGUGCAGGAAUUCUUGGUUCAAAGCUUUGAAAAGAGGAAAUGGGAUGACAGCAGGCAGAUUUUCUAUCACAUGACCACUGCUGUGGACACAGAGAAUUUUCAGAAAAUGUUUGAGAGCGUUAAAGACACAAUAAUGGGCUUGAUCCUCAAAAACAUUUCAUUGCUGUAAGAGUUUCCCAAAUGGGGGUUCGUGAGUUAAGGAAAAGUUAACAACUCACUCAGAAUAAACAACUGGCGCUGCACAAUUAAUCUAAAUAACUUCAAAUUGCAUAUACAUUUGAAUAUGCUGCAUGUUACAGAGUGAAGAGCAAAAUAAAACCUUUAGGGUUUGUAUGUAUGAAAAUACUAAAUAUUUUGCAUUAAAAUAUUUUUUAUGUGUAUGAAAAUUAAAGACAUAAAUUACCACUGUAACUUGUAAUGGAUAAU